AUGGAUGUAAGAUGGCUGGAUGAUGUAGCCUACCAGUGAUGGGCCUAUUCAUGACUAGGCUCAUCAUUUCGAUGAAAUUAUUUUUCAUCUGUAUUUUUUGGUAGCCUAAAUAUAGACAUAUGGACAAACCUCCCCACUGUACCAAAUGUUGUUAUAUUUGCAUAUAGCAUAACUUGCUGUACAUUCUUGCAAUAACCUAUAUUAACAUAGGCAACCCCGUAAAGUGUUUGCAUAUUUAGCGGCUUGGAAAAAUUACAGGGUUGCCAGGGUGUCAGUGCAAUUAACCGUGAAUGCCCGGGGCUCACUGCUAUAAUCAUGGAAUUGUGACCUUAAAUUCAUCUAGUAGCCUAACAGCUACCUAUAUCAAGUAGCCUCUAUACAUUUGUGGGUACUGGGUAGGCUAUUGUUGCUUGUAGUGAAGGAGUAGCCUAGCCGUCUGAGCUGCGCCCCAAGGCCGAUGUAAGCAACCUAUUUGUUGAUGAGGGAGGGCUGUUCUACAGUGUCUAUGCUGCUAUUUGACCUUAAGAUGGAUUUUACAUUUUAUUCAAGGAAUUUAUUUAGAAUCCUAUUAUAUAAAAUGAUGCUGUAAUGCAGUCAAUCCAAUAACGCGAAUAUAAUGUGCUUAUUAGUUUACCACUCUUGGUUCGCUGUGAAAUGUCAACCGAAUAGACCAAGUAGGCUAUCGUUUACUGUGCAUGAACAUAAGGGGUGGGGCCACACUGUAUUUUGCAUCAUUUUUCCAAAUGAGAAGCAAGUCUUUGACCUAUAGUUUAGGUAGCUUCUGUCUGUCAGUUAUCAUUGGUAAUAUCUUGUCUUGGAGAAAAUGCUUAACAAGCUGUUAUGGUUACAUUGAUGGCCACCUAGUCAGCACUGGACACGUGGGUUGUUCGUUACAAUGUAUCAUCAUCACCAUUCAGCAGUGUUCCAUCAUUAGGCCUGUAACAAUCUGUGUCGUCGUCGUCGUCGUCCCCCCACACACACACACUAACACACACACACACACUAACACACACACACACACUAACACAAGUAGAGGUCCACAACUACUUAUACUCAAUAAGGAACAUUUACAUAUAGCCGUGCCCUGUGUUUUGCAUCAUUUUAUACAUCUUUCAAAGUGAUUUUACUAGUGGACAAACACUUGUUGAACCAAUUCUACCAGAAAUGCUCCCAUAAAAUGAUGUUCUUGAGGGAGGGUUAGGAACUUGAACGUGUGUCCAGACAACAGCGGAUUGGGUUGGUGACUGCCUGGCGAAGUGGAAUGCAUUGUACAUACAGUCAAAGAAAGCAUUGGGGAAAGUAGGAAUUCAAAAAAGGGCUAUUUGAUGAUGUCAGUGGGCGAUGGUGUUUCAUCCCAUCCCAUGAUGCCCACUCCUCUCCCACCCUGGUAUUUGAUGGUGAUGCAGCACCACCAACCCCCUCAGAGCUUUAUUGGCUAAAUGAGCAGCUGUGCCAGGAGACUGGGACCCACCAAUUUCCCCCGGUCGCCUUCCAUUAGUGCUGUGUGAUCCAUCUGGUUGGAGGUUCCCAACGGGAACAAUGACCCAGUUAAUUGCUCCUCUCCCUAGCCUAGUAGAUGGUGAUGAUGUGGAUGUGUGGAUGUUCCUGUUUGUUUGUUUGUGUAUGUGGAGUUGGAGGCCUUUAAUAACAUGGCACAGGUGUUGUGAGUGUUAGGUAAUGUUAACAUUGAGGCACUGGGAUUAGAGGAAAUAUGGAAAAUGUGAACACUAAAUGUGAUACUACCUGAUACUGCUGUGUACCUGUCUGUGAAUGUAUUUUCUUUUUUAAUAUGCGUGUUUUCCAAGUACCGGUACACCGCCACUAACAGAGGUACAGUAUCGACAGUGAUGCAAAUCUAAUGUGCAAAGCAGAGUACAAUGGUCAGAGGUAUUUCAUCAGUGUCUUAAUGAAUUUGAAUAGGCCCACCAACUCAUGCAAAUACUAGUGCCCAUUUUAGAAUAGGAUUUGAAUGUGAAACCUCUCUCUCUCUCUCUCUCUCUCUCUCUCGUGGAGAUGGGAGUGCUUAUUACCCCUGGGUCCAAUUUCGAAUUCCCUGUGCAUGUGAUCAAAAACACAUCUGUAGUGUUAAGCAUAUUGAUAUGGAAGUGUAUGGUACAGCCAAUACUGAUUUGGUGAAUUUAAAAUAGCGCUGCACACAAAAUAUAAUACAAAUAGGCCUACCAUAGUAUUUUCAGUCACAUUCAACUGUGACGGUAACAAUAGAGGUCUAGCGGGUGAAAAAUGUAGUAAUUUUGAAAUGUAGUUUGUGAUAAUGCUAGUAUCAGACAUUUUCAGUAGUGUUUUUCACUAGGUGAUCGAGAUCUUGCUGUAAAAUAGUUUUCAUUCGUUUUGAUACUGCAGCUUAAACAAUGACAUUUUGUGUCCACUAGAAUCGACCAUAAUCGCGGCAAUGUUGAAUCAAUAACAAGUCAUUGUUAAAACAUAGUAAUAGCCACGUAAUAACAUAGUAAUUAUGCAAAUAUCCCACAGGCAAAUUCCUUGAAGGAUAGCUAUGCUAAAUAGAGAUUCAAAACUGCUUUUAGAACACAAUACAGACAGACACAAACACACACACACAUUUUGUUAAAUGUGUCUGUAAUAAAUGAUAAAUGCCUGCCUGCCUGCCUGCCUGCAGUAAUCCUAAUCUUGUUUCUGUGCAUUAAGUGGUUCAUGGAUAUCAGAGAGAGCCCAUUAAAUUAUGAAGCUCUCUCAGAUUAUACCAGAUUAGAGAUUAUUCUCCACAGUUAAACCAGACAAGGCUGUACUACCAUAAACAUACAGAUUACAGAGUUUUACGUAUUUUAGAUGUGCUAUGUUAGUAAACCAUGCACUUAAAAUACUGAAUUAAGGAUUAUUUUACAGUUUAUAUGCCCAAUUUACUCUGAAUCUAGCUGCCGCUCUGCAGCCAUGUUUGUGAUGGUGUUGAACAACCAGCCUCCAGGUGAAAUAUGCCAAAAUGAUUAUGAUCAGAUCACACCCAUUGAUCAGGUUGAGACCAGCAGAGGACCACGAGACCUCUGAUGUAGUUGGAGUCGAUUACUCACCAUGAUAACACUGCAAUCAAAUCAUGCAAUCUGAUACGCAUGCCAUGUCCAAACAUAGCGCAUAUUACAUUACAAGCAGAAGAUUGGUUUGUUCUGACGCAGGCACUGUCCAUCAUUCUAAUUGGACAUUUCUGCUCUUAGACGGAAUCCUAACUUUGAACUUGAUAUCAUAGUCUGGGCGAUCUACAUCAACGUUUUAAGUUUAAAUUCUCAUGCUGUUUUUCCAUCCUUUGUUCCCACCAGGUGACUGACUGAGUGACAGAGGACAUCGACGAGGCCAGGGACCAAUCCAAAAUGAGCGAGCUGGAGCAGCUGCGUCAGGAGGCGGAGCAACUUAGGAACCAGAUAAGAGUAUGUGUGUCAGAGAAUGUUACUGAUCUGGGUACACAUUUACAAAGAGUCCCAGAGGCUAGGUAUGCUGAUCUAGGAUCAGUUUAGCCUUUUAGAUUACAGGAUAUAUCCUAGAUCAGCAAUCCUACUCUGAGACACUUUAUGAUCUCAAUGAAAGCAGUAAAACCAUCGGGUUUAGAAGAGAAGGGGGUUGGUGGAAAAGGGAGUAGGCCUAACAAACCAUAUUGAGAGGUUGGAUAUUGGCCUGGGUGAGAUUGAGAGAGAUUGCUAAUGCUUGUCUAACCACUCUCUGUUUCUCUGUCUCUUAGGAUGCCAGGAAAGCAUGUGGGGACUCAACCCUGACACAGGUAAGUAUCACACAUACCCACAUAAAAGAGAGUAUGGCUGCUUUUACACAGCCAGCCCAAUUCUGAUCUUUUUUUCACUAAUUGGUCUUUUGCCCAAUCAGAUCAGCUCUGUAAAAUAUCUGAUGUGAAAAGAUCUGAUGUUUGAAAAAAUAUCAGAAUACAGUGCAUUACAGUGCAUUACAUUGACACAGUAACCCUGUGAUGAACUUUUCUUCUUUGCAUAGCUUUUUUGUGUGUUUGUGUGUCAACCAGAUAACGUCAGGUCUGGAUCCUGUGGGGAGGAUUCAGAUGCGGACGAGGCGCACUCUCCGUGGCCACCUGGCUAAGAUCUAUGCCAUGCACUGGGGCACAGACUCUAGGUGGGUGUAAUGUUCCGCCUACCCAUUAGGGGGCUUCUCCCACUCUUCACACGCUCUCACUCAUAUACCACACAUGGUGGUACAAGUUGUGCUUUUUUUGAUGAGGUAUAAUACAAUGGUUUUACACCUUUGUCUCCACAGGCUCUUGGUCAGUGCCUCUCAAGAUGGAAAACUGAUCAUCUGGGACAGCUACACCACUAACAAGGUGAGAUCUAUACCCAAAUAACAACAUCUCCCCUGGUCUCACCAAGGGGCCUGAAUAGGUUGACUCACUCUCAGCGAACUAGGCAGCCUUCAGGGAUUGGAAAUGAAAUUGGAGCCGACUGAAAAGCUUUCUUUACUAGGAAUGUGUGUUUUGACUCAUCUCAUACUUCUGCUUACAUCAUAACCUACCCGAGUCACUUUGCCAUUCAAACAUUGUAAAUUAUAUUAUGCAAUGGCUCUCCCGAAAAGAUCCUACAAAUUCAAUAUAGAGGAAGCACAAUGGACUACUAUUCUGCUCCUUCUCUGUCUGGAUGUGGGCUUGGCGCCUGGCUCCGUUUAUGAUGCUACUCUGUCCUUGUCCUUGUCCAUGGCCAUGCCUUUAUUCUGUGACACACAGUGACCAACUCUUCUCCCCUCUCCAGAUGCAUGCUAUCCCCCUGCGGUCCUCCUGGGUGAUGACCUGUGCGUAUGCCCCCUCUGGUAACUACGUGGCCUGUGGAGGUCUGGACAACAUCUGCUCCAUCUACUGCUUGAAGACCCGCGAGGGCAACGUCAGGGUCAGCAGGGAAUUACCCGGACACACAGGUGAAGAAGCAUUACUACACACAAAUACCUACAGUACCAGUCAAAACUUUGGACACACCUACUCAUUCCAGAGUUUUUCUUAAUUUUUUACUAUUUUCUACAUUGUAGAAUAAUAGUGAAGACAUCAAAACUAUGAAAUAACACAUAUGGAAUCAUGUAGUAACCAAAAAAGUGUUAAACAAAUCUAUAUAUUAUUUUUUAUUUUUGAGAUUCUUCAAGGUAGCCACUCUUUGCCUUGAUGACAGCUUUGCACACUCUUGGCAUUCUCUCAACCAGCUUCAUGAGGUAGUCACCUGGAAUGCAUUUCAAUUAACAAGUGUGCCUUGUUAAAAGUUAAUUUGUGGAAUUUCUUUCUUUCUUCAUUCGUUUGAGCCAAUCAGUUGGGUUGUGAUAAGGUAGGGGUGGUAUACAGAAGAUAGCCCUAUUUGGUAAAAGACCAAGUCCAUAUUAUGGCAAGAACAGCUCAAAUAAGCAAAGAGAAACGACAGUCCAUCAUUACUUUAAGACAUGAAGGUCAGUCAAUACGGAACAUUUCACAAAAACCAUCAAGCGCUAUGAUGAAACUGGCUCUCAUGAGGACCGCCACAGGAAAGGAAGACCAAGAGUUACUGCAGAGAAUAAGUUCAUUAGAGUUAACUGCACCUCAGAUUGCAGCCCAAAUAAAUGCUUCACAGAGUUCAAGUAACAGACACAUCUCAACAUCAACUGUUCAGAGGAGACUGCGUGAAUCAGGCCUUCAUGGUCAAAUUGCUGCAAAGAAACCACUACUAAAGGACACCAAUAAGAAGAAGAGACUUGCUUGGGCCAAGAAACACGAGCAAUGGACAUUAGACCGGUGGAAUCUGUCCUUUGGUCUGAUGAGUCCAAAUUUGAGAUUUUUGGUUCCAACCGCUGUGUCUUUGUGAGACGCUGAGUAGGUGAACGGAUUAUCUCCGCGUGUGUGGUUCCCACCGUGAAGCACGGAGGAGGAGGUGUGAUGGUGUGGGGGUGCUUUGCUGGUGCCACUGUCUGUGAAUUAUUUAGAAGGCACACUUAACCAGCAUGUCUACCACAGCAUUCUGCAGCGAUACGCCAGCCCAUCUGGUUUGCGCUUAGUGGGACAAUCAUUGUUUUUUCAACAGGACAAUGACCCAAAACACGCCUCCAGGCUGUGUAAGGGCUAUUUGACCAAGGAGAGUGAUGGAGUGCUGCAUCAGAUGACCUGGCCUCCACAAUCACCCGACCUCAACCCAAUUGAGAUGGCUUGGGAUGAGUUGGACCGCAGAGUGAAAGAAAAGUAGCCAACAAGUGCUCAGCAUAUGUGGGAACACCUUCAAGACUGUUGGAAAAGCAUUCCUCAUGAAGCUGGUUGAGAGAAUGCCAAGAGUGUGCAAGGCUGUCAUCAAGGCAAAGGGUGGCUCCUUUGAAGAAUCUCAAAUCUCAAAUAUUUUUUGAUUUGUUUAACACUUUUUUGGUUACUACAUGAUUCCAUAUGUGUUAUGUCAUAGUUUUGAUGUCUUCACUAUUAUUCUACAAUGUAGAAAAUAGUAAAACUAAAGAAAAACCCUUGAAUGAGUAGGUGUGUCCAAAGUUUUGACUGGUACUGUAUGUCACUGAGCUUGAGUCAUUUUGUGUUCGUUUUUAUUGAGAUAUCAUGGAAGUGUCUUAGCUACGUUAUGUGAGUUUAUUUGAACCUCCCUGAUUCUAAUUGCCCCCAGUGACACUACAUAUGGUUGUAUAUGCAGUUCAGUUGAGUAUUCCUUCCCUGUCCCACAGGGAUUCCCAGGUCCCAAACCGCUAAACAAGGAAGACUUUAAUUCACAUGGUUAAUUAGUCACAGGGCAACACAAUUAUAAUGAGCUGAGACUUCAGCCAGAAAACCCAGUGAGUCCCUUAGCUGUGUUACAACGCUAGCUCACCUGUGGCUCUCAAAUGACUCAUAUUUGGUAGGACAAGUAUUGUUGAAGUUAAGUCUUACGCCUCGAUCACACCUACAGUGUCAUUGCGCAAAAUGGUACGCAGCAUCAUCUGGAUAUGUGUGCAAGAACAGUUCAACAUUCACCUUCUGCUACCAUUUCUGUCAAGCCGUCUACGCAUACAGUUUGAAGCAUACGUUCAAUAAAUCCAACGUAUGCAACACACAGAAGGCACUGCAACUGCCUCUGCAAUGCAAUGCUGCAAGGCAAACGCAGCGUUCCAUUGAAAAUGAAUGUACUUCUGGUGUACCAAAAUGCAAUGACGCUGUCGGUGUGAUCGAGGCAUUAGUAGGAGUACCAUGCAUUGAUAUGGUGUGGUCAGUGUUCUAAUAUAUGUUUUUAUUUGUGCUACAGGUUACCUGUCCUGUUGCCGUUUCAUCGAUGACAAUCAAAUCAUCACAAGUUCAGGAGACACUACCUGGUGAGUCCUGAUUGAUCAAUAACCAAGGCUGAAGAGAAUGCGAAUAUAAAUAUACUACAGUAUAUUGUCUAUACUGUAACUAGCUAUGAGCUAGCCUAACCUUACACUCAAAAUGAUCUGAUAACAGUUAUUAAAUCCAGUGGGUCCCUCUUCUGUUCUCUUUCCCAGUGCACUGUGGGACAUCGAGACAAGCCAGCAGACCACAGUAUUUUCGGGCCACAGUGGUGACGUCAUGAGCCUGUCCCUGUCCCCAGACUUCCGCACCUUUGUGUCCGGAGCCUGUGACGCCUCUAUCAAGCUGUGGGACAUCAGGGACAGCAUGUGCCGACAGACGUUCACAGGCCAUGAGUCUGACAUCAACGCAGUCUGUGUGAGUGUGCUGACAGGCUGGGGGCCACUGGUGACCUGCUUUCUGGUUCAUGUCAUGGCAUUAAGCCAGGAAACCAUACUCUAAGACAUGUCACUGUUCCCAAAGUCCCUAAUGUUAGCUGCACUAGCUAAUUCUGAGUGUCUAAUGUACCUAAUGCUAGGUGCAUGGCUAGCUGAUCUAACCCAUAUCUGUCACUCCCUCUCACUCUCCUCGUCAGUUCUUUCCCAAUGGCAGCGCCUUUGCCACCGGCUCCGACGACGCUACCUGCAGGCUGUUUGACCUGCGUGCCGACCAGGAGCUCAGCCUGUACUCUCACGACAACAUCAUCUGUGGCAUCACCUCGGUGGCCUUCUCCCGCUCCGGACGGCUGCUGCUGGCCGGCUAUGACGACUUCAACUGCAACAUCUGGGACGCCAUGAAGGGAGAUCGAGCAGGUCAGUGGGGUGUGGUGGGGUGGAGUAGGAGCGAGCGGCUGUCAUCUAGCUGGCAGCCAUUGUUGUAUAGUUGUGUCUGGCUAUGCAUCAGACCCGUGA